UCACGCGACCGAACUUCCUGUUUUCAAAACGAGGCUCGGCGUACAUACCAACCGCAGCAGCAGCAUGGCGUCCAUGGCUGUUGAGAGAAAGUUGAGUUCGGCGUCCCAUUGCUGUGUUCCGCUGUGCAAUGGAGACAGUAGACAAGAUUUUACACUGUCUUUCCAUCGCUUCCCGAAAGAUGCAACCCUUCGUAAGAAGUGGAUUGUCAAAAUAAGGAGAGACGAAGGGCCCGACUUCCAAAUUACAGACUCUACUUUUGUAUGCUCCAGGCAUUUUGAUUCCACCGACAUUGUGAAAUCUUUAACUGGACUCAGAAAAUUACGCCCUGGAUGUGUACCCAGUAUAUUUCCCUGGACAAAGAAAGAGACACCAAGAAAACCCCCAAAGAGAAAACUCUCACUUGAUUGUGAUGAUGUGAGUAAAACAAGAAAAGCAUCUACAGCUACCUCUGCUACUUGUUCCUCUUACACAGAACCCCCCAGUAAAGAACAUGACUACUGCGCUGAGAAACCAUCACCAGAAGAAGAUAUGGAGGCAAUGAGACAUGAAAUUGAAGACCUACAAGAAAGAGUAAAGCACCUAGAAGAAAAAGUGGAGAAAUUUGGAGCCAAAAGAUUUUGUAAAGAUCCCAUUUUGAUAUUUUUUUACACAGGUUUUCAGAACUAUGAAUUAUUUUGUACAGUUUUUAGUGUUGUUGAACCAACAGCUUCGAAUAUGAUUAGAUGGUCUCAAAUUCAAAGAAACCGCAAAAUUGUUUGUAAUCCUUUUAGAUCUGAGUCUCUGUCUCUGGUAGACCAAUUUUUUAUGUUUUUAUGUAGAAUACGACAAGGUUUUUUUGAAGAGGAUUUGGCACAACGUUUUUCUGUGUCUCAGAGUACAGUCAGUCGCAUUAUAAUUACAUGGAGUAAUUAUUUGUAUUGCAUUUUAGGUUGUAUACCUAUUUGGCCAUCUCGAGAUAUUGUAAGAAAUUUUUUGCCUGCCUGUUUUAAAUGUACAUUUCCUAAUACCAGGGUUAUAUUAGACUGUACGGAAGUUCGUGUGCAAACCCCUAGUGCCAAAGUUUUGAAUUCGCAAACUUAUUCAAAUUAUAAGUCUCACACUACAUUUAAGGGUUUGAUAGGUAUCACACCAAAUGGUGCUGUGUGUUUCGUCAGUAAAUUAUUUACAGGAAAUAUUUCAGACAAAGAUGUUACUCAGCGUAGUGGUAUUGUAGAUUUACUUGAAAACGGUGAUGAAGUUAUGACAGACAAAGGUUUUUUGAUACAGGACUUGUUAGAUCCUAUUGAUGCUAAGCUUGUAAUUCCACCAUUUUUGGGAAGCAAGGGAAAAUUUAGUAAAGAGGAGGUUACUCAAACACAACAAAUAGCUAGAUUGCGUAUACAUGUAGAAAGGGCCAUUCGCAGAUGUAAAGAGUAUCAUAUAUUUGACCAAGUCAUACCAUUGUCUAUAGCCGGUACUGUGAAUCAGAUAUGGAGUGUUUGUUGUUUGUUAACAAACUUUCAAGGGAAAUUGUUUUAAUCCUUGAUCAAGUUUAUCUUUUGUAAUUUGUAAGUAAUGUUUGUGUUCUGUAAAUCUUUAGAAUGUGAGUAUACUUGUAUUCAUUCUUUGUGUUUAUGAUUGAACACUUUAGUAUUAAUCAGAUUUGUUAACAGAAUUCAAAAACAACACAGGAAUGUUUUAUGUAAACUUGUAAUAGUACUUUGUCACAUCCAGUUUAAAGUCAUGUACUCACUUUUUUUAAUUUUUUACACAUUUUGGGAGAAAGUAGGUAAAAAAGAACAUGUCAAGUUUAUCUUUCAUCUCUUGCCAUUUUUCUGCUAUAAAGUAAAUUCUCUCGAGAUGAUAAUCAUCUCGGCACCAAAUAAAUAAGUCACACCAAUGUGCACCUGUUAUACCCAUUUGUCCCAUGAUUUGAAAAUAAUAAUCGUGUGUUGUUUUAAGUUUGUAAGUAUUGUUAACCAAAGUCAAGUAGUUUAGAUUUGUUAUUGAGUCAGAAUUUGGACACUUAAUUUCUUAAAGCCCAUGCAUGGGAAUGGCAUUUGAAUCAAUGACCUUCCUGUCUGGUGAUGUGCCUAGAUGGCAUGAAGAAGGAUUUAUUGCAAAUCCUGCUGCAAAUACAUUGCUUCCAGGUAUGGAAGCAUAGGACUCCGCAGCCUCGUUUUCAUGUUCUAAACCAUACUUCAUGGCAGCAGUUUGGAUUUUAUUGCCUGAAAGGAGACGAUCAGCUAGUGUUUCAUGGUCCUUUUUUCUAGAACAAAUUCUUUUAAAACAUGAUGAUGUUAAUCUUGAUUUUCGAACAUUUUUCCAAAAUGGAUUUUUUGAUUGAUCGGUAGUAUUUCCUUCAAUGUCAAGCGACUCACUUUUGGAAACGGUUAGUCCAUCAUAAAUGUUUUUUUCACCCAUUGUUAGAACAGUUUCAAAAUUUUGCAAUAAUGUAGGAAAUUCAUAGUCUGGAUAGGUAGGAAAAGCAUCAUUGUUGAUAAUAGCAUCUGAUAGAUUUUCACAUGUUUUUUGCUGAUAAGAUAAAAUUGAUCCCUUUGGAACAGGUCCAACUUUAGAUUCAACUGUAUCAAUAUCAUCAAUGAAAGGUGGCAAGAGAGUUUUAAAUUGAGAAUUUGUAGACUUUAAUUGUUUUGUUAAAUUGUUAACAAUGUUUUGA